UCAUGCUGCUGCCAAGUCCAGAGUCUCUCAUGGGUCCCUGUACGGCCUCCCAUUGCUGCUGUCUCCAUCCCUCCAUCGCCACACUCUGCCAUGUGCCACUUUCAGGUCUCCUCACACACACUGGUGUGUUCCAUUUUUUGUCAUAGGGUGCUGGCAGAUUACGGGCCUCCCAUAGCUGCUGCCAGGCCCCUAAUCUGCCAUGGGCCCCUAUAUACCGCCUCCUCAUGCUGCUGCCAGGUCCAGAGUCUCUCAUGGGUCCCUGUACGGCCUCCCAUUGCUGCUGUCUCCAUCGCCACACUCUGCCAUGUGCCACUUUCAGGUCUCCUCACACACUGCUGGUGUGUUGAAUUUUUUUGAC